CGCAGGAAGAUGGCCACGGAUAGAUUCUCCCGAUUUAACGAAGACCGAGACUUCCAGGGUAACCAUUUUGACCAGUACGAGGAUGGACAUCUGGAGAUUGAACAAGCCUCUCUGGACAAGCCUAUUGAAUCGCCCUGUUUUUAAAGCCAGGUUCGUAUUUUCCACUCCACUUGUAUUAUCUUUUGGAAACUAGCAAUGCUUCCCCCAUUUUGUCUGUCUUUUUUAACCUACCUUGUAGAAAGUUCAUAGUGACCUUUCCUGUGUCCAAGCAGAGUGCCUCCCCUCCUCCCAGCAGACUUUUGCCAGUGUUGCUCUGAAAUACCUGUUACGGGUUACGAUUGCUUAUUUCCCCUAGAUUUCUAGGCCCUGGAUUAAAAGUGGCCCCUUCAUACACCUCUGGUCCUUAGUUAUCUUACUGUAAGAUCUGUUCAGACUGCAGCCGGUUUUCUAAUCCAGUUGUAACCUGCAGGCAACGAGUGUUCAGCGAACUUAUGUUUUAAGUUCGGCGUCUAAAUUCCGUUAUGGUCUGUGGUAGCGGAACCCAUAACACGAUUCUUCGAUAACCUGAACUUUAGACGCCAAACUUAAAAAAAAAAAGUUCGCAACACUAGUUGCAACCCAAAAGUCAAGGCCCUUUUGUCUCCACCAGAUAGAGAAUAAGUCUAAAGGCGCCCAUGCACGUUAAAUAGCUGAAAGCCGAAUGAUCUCUCCCAACUACCUCCCAGCAUUCCCCAUACACUUUCGGUUUGGCCGACCGCCUAUGUUUAAUCGGUGGGGAGAAAGCCACUGUCAAAUGCCUCUGACAGUAGCUUAUCUCUGGGGAGGAUAAAAGGAUUGGGUGAACUUUGCCCAAUCCUUCUUCCCCCCCCCCCCCCCAACUUUAUCUGCCGGGAGCUCCCCACACGCAUUAGAUGGUGUUUGGUCAAGAAUACGCUAAUGUGUAUGGGGCCUUAAUGGUAGAAUAUAUCAUGGUAUAUCAGGUACAUUUACACCCUGCAAUGAGCAGCAGAUCGUCAGGAAGGAACCUUCCCGUCAAUCGGCUGCUCACUCAGCGGAGGAGAAAGCUGCAUUUACAUGCGAUCUCCUCCACAGUAUGAGGACGAGUGGUCAUUUGUCCCCAUACAGCUGCAUUGUUUCUGGGCAGCAGAUCACUGUUUAGAUGGCACAAUCUGCUGCCCAGGAACGAUAAUUUAGGUGUCGAUAGGAUCACCCGAUGAACCAGCGUAUCGCUGGGUGAUUGGCGGCACAUUUAGACUGACAAUCUGCCCGAUGAUUGUAACAUGUAAAUCCACCUUUAGGGCUCACUGUUUUUCUGUUAUAGAGCUGUAAAUUCCCUGCAUAGAGUUAAAGGGGCUGACCAGUUUGUGAAAAUAUUAGCAGAUAACCCCUGAUCUGUUUCUUGUGUGUUAUAACUUACACGCUGCGCAGCAGAAGGCCCCUGGGUCGCCAUCUUCCAGUGCAGACGCCAAAGCCAAAUGGUGUGAAUUAUGUUCCACAAUUCAUAGCAUUUUUGCCGCAGAGUUCGCCCUAUGCUUUGCAAAGUGUGAAGUCCGCAGGAUAAAUUGUCAUGCAGUGGAAUGAAUUGCAGAUUCUAAGAAACUUUUCUCAGUGUGGAUGAGAUUGUCUCCAAAUGUCAUCCACAUUACUGCUGCUGUAAACGCAGAGGGAGUAUCGAUAGUAUCCUCAUAGGAGUCCAUGUGAAGUUAGCUCCUCUGCUCCCCCUAGUGGCUAUGCAUUUGAAAUUGUGUGGUACAAACUGUAAAAAGAGAGGUUUUUAGAAUUGGAUAUGUAGCUAUAUGCUGCCUGCAGAGAAGCCUGUCACCUUCUGAGAACCAGUAACUAGUCAAAACCUUGCCAAACCGGUUGAUCUCCAACCUGUAGAUGAGAGACAAGAUGGAAAAAAAGAACGAGCACAGAACUUGAGUUUCUUCCCUAAAAUGGGCAGAUCCUCUGUCAGGACUGACAGUCGGAUGUGACUUUCUCAGUUUUCUCAGGCCUUUUGUAUUGUGUCGUGUAGUUUUUAGCCAAGUGUCAUCUAGUGGUCAUUCCACUGACAUCGCCCGGGUUGUGCAUUUUUCUUGAGCCAUUAUUAAUACCUGCAAAGAGCUGAGCCAUCUGCCGGCAGGAGGGUUAUAAAGUGCCUAAUAAUACCUAUAGGUUGCCGAGGGAUUUCCCUCUUUAUUGCUGCCCUUUUUAGAUUUCCUGAUUCAGACGUUCAUGUGGAAUGAGCGCUGUGUUCCUUUUAUUGGCAGACUUGGUGUUUUUGUAAUAAAUUGGCAGCGUACAUUAUAUUCUAUCUCUGUGCACCAUAUUGGUCGCCUUUUAUAGGAUUUCUGCUUCAUUUUAUGUGCGGUGGGAAUUGUUUUUGAAGGGUCCGUGGAUUAGGAUCACCAUCAAGCCUGGUAGUAGCAGUUCUUAGUGGGUACUUAUCAACACCUCCUUGCCGUGCCAGUCUGCAAUGCGCCUUUGUGCAUAGGAAUGCCGAACGAGACUCCCUUCUAUGUCCUGCUAUGUUCCACCCCGCAGUAUGAGUCACCCCGCUCCCCCUCCCUCGGCCUUUCUCUAUUGUCCCCCCCCCUUCCCUGUGCUGUGUAAAGCCUCCCAAUCAUUGCUCAGAAGUAUUGUCUCCGCUGCAGUCUGCAGGCUCAAUGUGCGGAAUCAUGUAUGCCGAAUGUAUAAAGAAGUAACCGGCAUGCAGUUGUCCUCUCAUUAUUCACCGGUAGCCUCACACCUAAACUUAGGUUUCAAGGAGACGCGUUCUCCCAAUAGGCUUUGUUCACUCCGUUUUGUGCAUCUCAGCUCAAGGUCACUUCAAGCUCACCCAUCUUCUAGCGAUCAAUUGAUAGUGUAAAGGGGAGAUGAGACACUCUGCUGGGACCCCCCCACCCCUAUCCUUUUGCCUCUGUUUUGCCUUAUCAUUUGCACUUGAACAUCCUUGGCUGUUAACCCUGUUCUAGUCCUGUCUCACCUGAUGCAUUAGAUGCUAUGCAAUCAUUCAUGAUCCUCAUCUCAUAAUGCCAGACCUGCAGGUGUAUCUCUCCUGUUUACUUCUAUCCCCCUCCCCAUGAUUAUUAUUCCUCUACCUAAAUAACACUAACACAAUGGUUUCUUCCGAAAUAAAAAAAAGAAUAUAUAUAACAUUUUGCUGCAUGCUUUUAGUUACGUCUGAGUUAAAGAGAAUGUAAUGAAGGAAGCUUGUUGGAAGCCAGCGGGUAUCUAUCUCAGUAAUCUACUUUGCUACUAUGGCUUCUCCCACAAUCUUGAUGUUUGAAAAUGCCCCAGGAAAUUGGGUGUGCCGCCCCACCGAGAGCUAAUGAGAGCCCCAUCCUGCUCCGCCCAUGAUCCCGGCAAUCAUUAGGUGUACCUUCUCACUUUAUCAUCCGCUAAAAUGAUUGUACAGCAGCGCCUAUGGUGCCGGAGAGUUCAUUGGUUGCAUAUCUCAAAUUUUGCAUAGAUCCAAGCAAAUAUUUCAGUAGUAAAGAAUGAUUAAUUUAAUAACUCCCACCACCACCACCCACCCUGUCCUCUCGUUGGCUCUCUGUGGGAAGGCAUCUGCCUUGCGCUCCAGGUGAUGGAUAGAUGUUUGUCCUUUUGCUCUGUGUUUUCUCCGUUUCAUAUUGGACUCAUAUCCACGUAUGUUCCCACCACACACCACAGCAUUUUAAUAAGUGUUCUUCAGAUGACUUGCCCCCGGAGGGCCACUAGGCGUGCCACCAUUUUAUGAGAAGCCCAUAGUAUAGGGAGCACAGUGUUUUAUGUCACCAUACACUAGAUUUUAUUUAUUUAUUUAUUUUUUCUUCUUAUUUCCUUGGAGAUGGUCUAGCUACCGGUUUAUUAUAAAUAUACUUUUUAUCGCAUGACUCAGUUUUCACAAAACUCGAUCACUGGUGGAUAAUCAGUAACAGAGGGGAGGGAGGGCCAAUUUUAUUACUGGAAUAUUUUCGUGUUUUUUUUUUCUCCCACUCCUUCUCUCCCCAAUCCAUCAGGAUAACAUCGGACAUCGCUUGCUGCAGAAGCAUGGGUGGAAACUCGGCCAGGGCCUGGGGAAAACUCUCCAGGCAUAAUACCCCUGGACUUGUUGUGGUGAUGGUAAACUUAGCCGUGGCAGAACAGACCCUAUCCCAAUCGUGCUUAAAUAUGAUGUUAUGGGAAUGGGACGUAUGGAAAUGGAGUUGGACUAUGCAGAAGAUGCCACAGAACGAAGACGUGUCCUGGAGGUAGAGAAAGAAGACACUGAGGAACUGAGACAAAAAUAUAAGGAUUUUGUGGAUAAGGAGAAAGCCAUUGCAAAAGCCCUGGAAGAGCUGCGGGCUAACUUCUACUGUGAGUUGUGCGACAAGCAGUAUCAGAAGCACCAGGAGUUUGACAACCACAUAAACUCUUAUGACCACGCACACAAACAGAGAUUGAAGGAGCUUAAACAGAGAGAGUACGCCCGAAAUGUUUCUUCUCGAUCACGGAAAGAUGAGCGCAAGCAGGAGAAGGCUUUGCGAAGACUUCUUGAAUUGGCAGAGCAGAGAAAGCAGUCUGAAAGUGCUCCUGGCAGUGGUCCCAUGUUCAAGACAACUACAAUGGUUGUGGAUGAGGAAGCCGUGGAAGAUGAUGAUUUGCCAGUCAGUACAUUUUCAACGGUGCAAGACAGUCCUAAGCCUGUUCAGGAGGAGAAGUUGUCUCAAGCUGUCGUCUGUGUUCCUACACAACCCACUUCCCCAGCCAUAAAUUUUGGUUUUAAAAGCACCUCUGGCCCGGCCUCUCUUCAGAAAGUAGGUUUCUCCUUCUCUUUUGCCAAGAAAACGUCUUUGAAGUUAGAGUCCUCAGCGGCUGUCUUCAAGGAUCCUAUUGAAGAGGUAGGAUCAACAGAGGAGGAAAAGGAAGAGGACAAGGCAUCUGCUGAUCUCAUAUCCUCUAUAAAGUCAAUAGAAGGGGAGAACAGCAAAGACAAUGAAAGUAAAGUGGAAGAAGAGGAAGAUCAAGAAGAUAAUGGCGCCUCCCUCGCAAGCACUUUAUCAAAACUGAAGAAGAUGAAACGUGAAGAAAGGGGGACACAUGCUGGUGAACCAGAGUACUAUCAUUACAUGCCACCAGCACACUGUAAGGUGAAACCAAAUUUCCAGUUUUUGCUUUUCAUGAGAUCCACUGAACAAAUGCAGGUGGAGAAUGUCCCUCAGAAGAAUGAGAAGAAACCAACUGCCAUUACCAAGAACAAGGCUGUCAAACAGACUGAAAACAGAAGUGAAAAGAAUAUUGUUGGUGAUGGCAAGCCUUCUGUGCCUCAACCAGUUAGCAAUUCUUCUCCAGUUUUACCCAAAGUUGACAAGAAGGAGGAUCCAGCAGACAAAGAAACAUCUAACACUACAAAUGAAGAACCUCCCAAAAGUUCUCCUGCACUGGUGAAAGAACCGCAGGAAAGGCCCAAGCACCCAACUGGUCCUUUUUUUCCAGUGCUGAGCAAAGAUGAGAGCACAACACUGCAGUGGCCCUCUGAGCUUUUGAUAUUCUCUCAGGCAGAACCUUCCAUCUCCUAUAGUUGUAACCCAUUAUAUUUUGACUUCAAGCUUUAUCGAAACAAAGAUGGAAAGGCCAAAGCUGUAGAAAAAACUAAAGAUAACCCAGGUUUGAACAAAGAAGGUGCGACAGAUGCUGAUUCAAGCAAAGACCUGAAUGUAACAGUUAAGAAGGAAUCUGUCCCAGUGGUACAUACUUGUGCAAUACAACCUAAAAUCGCCACUGCACUUUCUAGUGAUGUAAAACCUGAAACCCUUGAGGAAGGGAACAGAAGUGAAGCUACGCGGAAAUCCCACAAGCCCAAAAAGAAAAAGCACAAGAAGAGUGGCAAGCGAAAACGGAAACACAAAGAAGGAGACGAGGGUACUGAACAAAAAAUAAAGAAAAGGAAGAAGCAUAAGCACAAGAAGUCAAAAAGCUCUUCCAAAACAGUGUUGAAGGCAGAAGAAGCAGAGCAAAGUACAUCUCCUGCAUUGGGAGGUUGCUCAAAAGACACUGCACCAGGAAAGUUGCUGACUAAAGAAGACAGUGGAGGGAAUUCAAAUAGUAAACAGGACCUUCAUACACCUUCCAAAGAGCCAGAGAACAAAAAGGCUAAAAUGGAGUCCAAGCAAUCGCUUCCUCCUCCCUCACAAUCAACUUCCGCCUCAAAUCACCGAAAUACACCCACCAAGGCUAAAAACCCACGUAGUAGUGCAGAGUAUGAUAGUGAGGAUGAUGCCAGUAGAAAAAAAUCCCCAUCAAGGUACAGCGACGAGUAUGAAUCUGCAAGUGACCGAUCCAGAAGUCGAUCAAGAUCUGGAAAGCGGCGGCGGUCUUACUCUUCCAGUUCUGGAGGGUCUUCAGAUAGAAGCCAAUAUAGUCGUGACCGGAGUUAUUCUGAUAGUGACUACAGUGACUAUAGCAGUGGAUCUAGGGGGCGAUCCAAGCGGCGGGCACCAGGCUCAGAUUCAGACUCUGUGACAUCUAAGAGGCAUUCCACUAGACAUAAAUACUCCUCCUCUGAUUACAGCCGUAGUCGUUCUAGGAGCAGAAGUCGCUCAAGAAGGAGGAGUCGGGGUAGAGGUAGGUCUAGUAGCAGUAGUCGGAGUCGGAGCAAAAGAAGGAGCCGCAGUUUAACUGGUCGUAGCUGGAAGCGCAGCCGUAGUUACAGUAGGGAUCGUAGUACAAGUGUUCGUAGUCAUUCUGGAAAAGGAUCUCAUGGGAGAGAUAGUGUUGAUAGUCGUAGAAGUGGUAGACGGGACUUUAACCGCUCUAAGAUUUAUCGAUCACAUUCCCCACAUUAUUAUCGUUCUGGCAGCCGAAGAGAGGGCAGUCGAGGGUCUGAAACGAGAGGCGCGAGUAGCACUAACCUGCCCCGCAGUAGCACUGAGAAAGAUACAGGCAGAUGUUCCUUAACAGCAAAACAACUCCUAGAAAAGAUCCAGUCUCGACGUUUAGAAAAGGCAGCAAGCACAACAGAUGAUGGCAACUCCAAAUCAGGAUCAAAAGUAAAAGACCCACCUCAGGGAUACUUUGGCCCAAAAUUGCCACCUGCUCUUGGUAAUAAAACUGCUCAACGCCCAUUAAUAGGCAAACUGCCAGCAGGGUCCAAAGGCACAGUGCCUCACAAAGUUGAGAAUGAGUCAGUAGAAACAUUGGUCACUGUAGAUGGAGCACAGGAGAAAGAGAAGACCUCUUCCAAGGUAGAUAAUGUCCCAGAGUCUGAACCUCCUGCAUCUGUUGCAGAACCACUGGCCCAAGAGGAAUCUGUUUGCUUCCAGCCACCUGCUGAAGGUUUUGGAGAGGGACUCUCACCCAACUCUUUGGGUAAUGGAAGUCUUCCAUUGCCACCAGUCCAUGGCCCAUUGAUGCCUCCACCACCUGAUUCAGAAUUUUUUCAUUCUUCGACUUACCCUCCUGUAACAGCUGAACCGAGUUCUAUUCGGCCAGAUGGGGAAGAAGAGGAAGAAGAAGAGGAGGAAGAGGAAGAUUCAUUAGCACCUCUGGAAAGCCAGCCCAUCACUUUUACCCCUGAAGAAAUGGAAAAAUACAGCAAGCUACAGCAGGCUGCUCAGCAACAUAUACAACAACAGCUGUUGGCCAAGCAAGUUAAGAAUUUCCCAGCCGGAGCUCUCCAACAUGCACUGCAGCCUGCAACACCAGCCCUCCAGCCUAUACAUAUUCAACAGGCACCACCCCCAGUUUCUGCUGCCUCCAUCACCUCUGUACAACAUGCUAUCCUCCAGCAUGCUGCAGCUGCAGCAGCUAUGGGUAUUCAACAUCACCCGCAAUCUCUGGCACAGGUCCACCACAUCCCUCAGCCACAUUUGGCACCCAUUUCCCUUUCUCACCUUACACACUCUCUUAUCCCAGCCCACCAUGCUGCAUUCUUAGCUGGCCAUCCCAUACACAUAAUUCCUGCCUCUGCCCUUCACCAUGCUGGGCCUCUGACCCUUCAUCAUGUCCCCCAUGCUGCCCUAUACCCAACUCUGUUUGCUCCACGGUCUGCCUCAGCUGCAGCAGCCACAGCGUUACACCUCCAUCCUCUUCUUCAUCCUAUCUUCUCAGGCCAAGACCUGCAACAUCCUCCAAAUCAUGGGACUUGAAAUUAUCCUAAUAUGCACACUUCUACCUAACAGAUCAUAGUUCAAUGGAAGGAGAUUCAAGCCUGCCCAGAGACGAUGGUAAAGAAGGGGCCCUGGAUGGAAGACAUCCACAACUACUGGGUCAUUAUCAUAACCCUGUCCCAGUUCUUCUAUGCUUCAGUUGACCUUCCAGGUCCAGUUUUGUUUUACAUUUGUUGUCUUGGAGACCUGGAGUUAUAAACUUAACAUUCAAGUGGUAUGAAAGAAAGACACAUGAAGGUGAACAUUUCCUCUUUUAUACUCUGCCCGAAAUUCUGUAUAAUGAGAUCUAUAUAUAAUCCAUACCACAAGCAGAAAUAAGACUAGCCUUUCCCCACAUUUGAGGAACACAAAGAUGUCAACACAACUGAUAACUAUGUGGACACCAUGUCCACAAUGGAGUAUAGUAUAAUACGACAUCUGCACUCUGUAUCAUAAUUUUUUCUUGCUGUAGUUGUAUAAUAAUCUGAAGGGCAAAACUAUAGUUUUCAGCUAGUUUGCAACAAAACGUAUUUCUGCUGCUGUGGCAUGUAUAUUUUAUCAGACUCCUUUUUGUUCAGAUUUAUGUAUGAUAUAAUGUAUAAAGUAAUAAAGAGAAAACCUUUCAGGAUUGCAGAGAACAUGUAAUAUUAAAAGGGGUAAUAAAAAGAAUAAACAGUUUGUGUUA